AUGGCGGACGUCGAUGCUGCCCCUGGUUCCCACACCAUGAGCCUGCCUGGUGAUGGUGGUGGUGGCGGUGAUCCUCCUCGGAGGGGUGCCGACCUCCCCCGCUCGCAUGCGCAGUCUUUCAACAAGCUUCGUGUCGCCUUUUGGGAGGCGUAUGAGGCUGCCCUCUCCCAGGGCCUGAACCCUCCCUCCACUCCGUCCCGCUCCAGCUUAGCCUCGUCCGCCCUCGUCCCCUAUGCUCCCCCAUCUUCCAGUCACUCCCGUGUUUUGCAGGACCUGGCUCCUGCCCUGAACGGUAUCGCAGCCAGCAUUCAAGGAAUGCUCGAUUCGCAGCGUGAGGUGGCUCACCAGCUCACUACCACUCAGAACCUGCUCCUCGGUCGUACCGCUCCCGGCUCGCCUACCCCCCGCCCCCGUGGCCGCAUCGAAGCGCGUCGUUCCCGCAGCCCCGAGGAUACUGAGGAUGAGGAGGAGUUCCGUCGGUUCCGUGAGGAGCGCUCAAGGCGUCGCGACGUGUAUCGUCGUCGUUGAGUCGCCUUCGCCUCUGCAUCCAUCUGCUUGCCUUUCUGUCUAGGCCGGUGGCGUUUCGCUGCCGCGCGUCCCCCCCUGCGCCACAUGGUGGCUGCGGGGUGCCACCUGGGGCACUUCUUACCGGACUAUGGUGAAAUAGUGUCACUGUUAUGGAUUUCUUGUCGCGACUUCGUGUCGCCUCUAGGCUAGCUUCCUUAGUGGAAGUCGCGUGUGCCACCUAGGGCAUCAUGUACUAUACUGAGAUUUCUUCGCAUGCCUAGGCUAGCACCUUCCUAGUGUUGCGACGGCCGCCUAGGGGCAACUGUACAAAAAUGAAAUGUUCCUAUACUUACC